UAAAUAUAUAUCAGAGAGCGUGACAGCACAGCUGCUUCUCUCUGUGAGUAGAGUUAACCAUCCGGGGGUAGUAGUGCACUGCAAUCCGGUGUGUGUAUAUUGACGUCCGCGUCAGGGGCCCACGGCGGCGUCAGUAUCACAGCGACGGCUAACAGAUCCGCACGUGUCUCCGUUUGUUUCCUCGACCGAAAAACAGUGUUGUGUGUGCGUCUACUUGUUUUGUCGCUUCAGCCAAUGAUGACCUAAGAAAUAAAUCCGUCCGAAAACCAGAGAGAAAAAACAACAAAAUUUUUUUUUAAAAAAAGGACCAAAGUUAUUUCAGAAAAUGGCACGUCAACUCAUCAUUGGAUUACUACUCUUUUGUGUCAUCGUUCACGCGGCGCAAUCUCAAGAAUUGAAAAAUGGAACGGCCUGCAAGGAGGAGAUACUGCAACUUGUUUGCGAGUCCGAGACGGAAGUUUUGGUUAUCCAUCGGGCGGUUUUCGACGGUCAAGAUUCGGAUGGAUGCGGAUUCCUGAUGCCGAUCAACAUUUCGUCCCUACUGCCACCGGUGUCAUCGGCCAUUCAACAACAACCAAAGAAUAUAACCGAUCAGGAAGAACUGCAGGAAAUGAUCGAACUGGAUAGUCGCCGGCGAUUAUUCUCCGUCCAAUCGACUGUCAACCGCCGAUGUAGCGGCUUGAACAACUGCACCGUCCAAUUGGAAAACGAUGAACCGCAAGCCAAGCAAUGGGGAGAUGGCAAACUCCAAGUUCUCUACAACUGCAUCCCAGCCAAGUCGGCUAGGUACAGUUGUGACGCCAUUAUCGAGAUUGUGACGCCAUUAUCGAGAUUCGAGAUUGUUACUCCCGAAAUGCAGCAGCAGCAGCAGCAAAGUGCUCCUGGGCAAAUCCUAGUCUCUGAAGAGGAUUCCCGAGUCGCGCCUACAACGAUGGAAACGGCGGGAGAAGUGCUUUUGUCGACUCCGGUUUCAAUCAAACCCAAAUGGUAUCCAGGGCCGGAGCAGGUCGUUGGCUGGGGUUACCUACACAAUAUGGGAUACCCUUCGUACUACCGUGGAAGCAAUAAAGGAGCCUCGACAGGAGCCUCGUCAGGAGCCGAGGAAACGGUCGAUUGCCGGUGGACCGUUCGAGCCACUCACGGACGUCGAGUUCGACUCACUUUACUCGAUUUGUCCAUCAGAAGUGUGCUGCACGGAGAGCACGAGUGCAAAGAUGUUUUGACCGUGACGGAACAUUCACGCUUGUUACUCAACAAAUGCGGGCAAGUGGAAGAGCCGCUGGUGAUUGAAUCAUCUUCCGAUGAGAUUAACAUCACCCUGUCGGUCAAAUCGCAUUUCAUUCCAAAGAGGGGACUCAUGGCCUAUUUCACUGCGAUGGGGUGUCCGACGCCGCGAGUUCCUAAACAGGGUUACCUAGUCACCGGAAGUAAUUCGUCUAGGGCGGAAUUCAUUUGUUCUGUCGAUCACGUGUUUCCCGACACGGGCCUACGCUUCCGCAAUCUCACCUGCCUGGACCAAGAAGGGCACAGGUGGAACGAAGACCUGCCAGACUGCAUUGAUAUUAAACAUUACAAUAAUAAAUCUUCGCCAUCAUCCAAUCACACUCCGAAGAAUCAUAAAGCAGUUAACCGAACUGCUACCGAACCGGAAGCUGGCGAAUUAACCUACAGCCUCACAUACGAUUUGAUCGUUCCUACUUCCAUCAUUGCUGGACUGAUCCUGGGCAAUCUAAUCGUCUUGGCGGGAGUGAUCCAUUGUCGACGACGCAACAGGAAAUUGGGCGGUCAAAAGGUCGAAAGUGGUAAAGGCGGUGCUGACGACGGCGAGGAAUGCGUUCCGCUUCAAGAGACUCCCGGACCGAGCGACGUUCCACAGAAUCGAGUCGGAACGCCAGUUUAACAAAACACACAAUCCAUUUCAACUGUUGAUGAGGCUAAAAAUAAUAACCAAUGAUUUCAAAUCCAGUCAAUCAUCAAAAUGUUUCUGUAAUUGAAUAUAAGAAACAUAAGCUCAUCAAUCCUGAAAAGAAUUUUUUUUUAAAUAAAAGAUACUCAACUUUUUCAUCAAUUAAUUUUUCAAGAAAACAAAAUUCUUACUGUUUCUUUUUUCUGCUUGUUUUGGUAUUCGUGUGUGUGAGCUUCUUUUUGAAUUCUCCCGCCGUUGUCGUAUAAUCUUGCCGCCAUUCAACUUAACAAUAUCAUCCAAAAAUUGUGUUUUUCUCCUCUCUCGCUUCGAAAUCAUCCCCCAUUUGAAUGUCUAAUUGCAUUAUAUAUCAAUGUCACAAAUACAAGAUAAAAAAAAAUUGUGUGAGGGGACGACAUUGAAAGUUUAUAGACAAGAAGGACAAAACAAUUUCAGGCCACACUCAAAAGGGAUUGGAUUAAGCAAAAUUUUGUUUCGACGGAGAACGAGACGAUAAAAAAGAGUGAAACAAAAUAAACAACAAAAAAGAAAAACUACUCGAGUCAACACAGACAAUACGGCAACAAAGGCCGGCAGUUUGUUUGUACACAAUUUCA